AUGAAAGGAACAAAGGUCGUAUCAUGUUUCUUCCUCUUAUUAGUCUAUAUAAAUGUUUCCGUAUAUGCAAAAAUGAAUGUUACGUCCAACAGUUCUACUCCCAGAAUUGGAGAUGAAGGAGAAACAGAUGAAAGGGUCAUAACAUGCGUUACUGAAUAUGUUAUUAAAGGGGAUUUAGAAAUUGAUGAUGGUGGAUUUUGCAGCAGUAGCAUAAGUUCCCCAUCGGAACCAGAAUCAUGUAAUUGUGGUGAUGAAGCAUCACCAACCCCUGGGGGAGAGAAACCUGGGAAUUACUGCGAUAACUAUUAUGACAUAACUUUACUUGUUGAAGAAUCAAGUUUUGUGCAAAAAGAUUAUUGGAUAAAAGGAACAAUCCCGUUUUUAGAAUCAAUGGUUAGAAAUACGAGAGUAAGUAAAGACAAGGCACAUAUGUCCAUAAUAUUAUUUGCAAAGGAUCAACGCGUUAUAGUUCCAUUCACCGAUGAAAUAAGUCAAGAUAAGGAAAAGUUAAUUGAUAAAAUUAGAACAAUAGAUGAUGUGGGGUCAAGUCCGGAUACAUUAUAUGUAUAUGCAUUAGAAUACGCUUUAGAAAAAGUCAUAUAUGGAAAUGGUACUAGAAAGGAUGCUCCAAAGGUAGCAGUGUUAUUUUACUAUGGGUUUGAUUAUGGGGCGAAUAAGGGUUUGAUACCAGAUAUAGUUGAAGAUUACAGAGAUAAAAAUAUAAAACUUAUAAUAGUUGGAAUUGCUUUAGGUAAUAGGGAUAAUGCAUAUUUACUUGCAGAUUGUUCUAUUGGUGAUGAAAAUUGUGCGAAUGUUAUAUUUAAACCUUGGGACUUUGUAAUUCCAGCUGCUGAGCAGGUAAAGGUAAAAAUAUGCAACAAUGAGGAAAAUGCUGGUUUACGUGGUGUCUAUCCUUCUAGAGAUUGA